CAAGGGCUGCUGCGUGACGUACAGCCCGGAACUGGCGGCCGCACGUGCAGAGAGGCCUAGGGACGCGGCGGGGCUCCCCGGGGUUUGCAGGGAGGACUCGCCGCUCCUCGUGUGGCUGAGCGCCGCUCGGCAGCAGCAUGCCUCACAGGAAGAAAAAGCCUUUUAUAGAGAAGAAGAAAGCUGUGUCUUUCCACCUGGUCCACCGGAGCCAGCGAGAUCCUUUAGCAGCCGAUGAAACUGCGCCCCAGAGGGUUCUGUUGCCCACACAGAAAGUAAAUGACGAAGAAAGGCGCGCAGAGCAGAGGAAGUAUGGAGUGUUUUUUGAUGAUGACUAUGACUACCUGCAGCACUUGAAGGAGACGUCGGGGCCCUCGGAGCUCAUCCCCACCCUCGGCCCCCAUGCAUACAGCAGCAGAGAUGAGGAGGACGACGCUUCAGUGACUCCUAGCACUGGAAUUAAACUGCCUUCAUCAGUGUUUGCAUCAGAGUUCGAGGAAGAUGUUGGAUUGUUAAAUAAAGCAGCUCCAGUUUCAGGUGGGUUUAAUGUAAAUGACUUUUAUGAACAAUAUGAUGAUGUUGAAAUUGGAGCUCUGGAUAAUGCUGAAUUAGAAGGUUCCAUUCAAGUAGACAGCAGUCGCUUACAGGAAGUUUUGAAUGACUACUAUAAAGAGAAGGCUGAGAACUGUGUAAAAUUGAAUACUCUUGAACCUUUUGAGGAUCAAGAUCUGCCAGCAAGUGAGCUUGAUGAGUCUGAAGAGAUUAUUACUGUAGUUCUUGAAGACACCAAAGAGAAGUGGGAUUGUGAAUCCAUCUGCAGUACAUACUCAAAUUUAUACAAUCAUCCACAGCUUAUCAGGUGUCACCCAAAGCCCAAACAAAUCCACCUCUCUUGUAAAACAGGAAUUCCUCUCCAUGUCUUACCUAAGAAAGGACUCACAGCAAAGCAAGUCGAACGAAUGCAGAUAAUUAAUGGCAGUGACCUGCCUCGGGUCUCAACCCAACCACGUUCAAAAAAUGAAAGCAAAGAAAGUAAAAGAGCAAGAAAGCAAGCUAUAAAAGAGGAGCGCAAGGAACGAAGAGUGGAGAAGAAAGCCAACAAGUUAGCAUUCAAGCUAGAGAAGAGAAGACAGGAGAAGGAGCUGCUGAACUUGAAGAGGAAUGUUGAAGGUCUAAAGCUGUAGAUGGCAGGGCAUUGAGGAGGAGCAGGGUGCUUCGGCUCGGGGGGCUCCUCGUUACCCCAGUCAGCAGGGACGGUCUUCAGAGCCGACUGUAUUCUGCCACUUUUACUGGCAGACAGCAAGGGAAAACUACAAUGCUUAAAAUAUUUUGUACAACCUGCAAGUUUUCCCUGUCAAAUAUCCUAUACAUACUGUAAAAUUUUUAAUUUAUAUUACAAGCUUAGAUUUGCGGAAAUAAAUGACUUCAUAAAUA